AUGGAAAAUAAAGGGUGGCUGCCUGUAUUGGUUCAAGUUGUUGUUCUGGUUGGUCUAAUGAGUCACGGAUCACCUGCCUCAUUUACUCCUCCUGAUAAUUACUUGCUUGCUUGCGGGUCUCAGCAAAAUGUCACCUUUAUGGGUCAAACUUAUGUCCCUGAUUCAGUUCAAUCUUCAAUUGCUUUGGAGAGUGACGGACAUUCUGUUGUUGUCACUACUAAUUCUACUGCCCCACUCCCUAUUUGCAAGUCUGCUCGAAUUUUCUCCGGUAGAGCUUCGUUCGAGUUUGAUAUCAAGCAAAAAGGAAGGCAUUGGAUCCGCCUUUACUUUUACCCUAUUCCAGGCUAUGAUUUGACCUCUGCCUCAUUCACAGUUGUUACCGAAGAGUUUGUGCUUUUGAAGAACUUAAGUUUCGGGAACUCUACUGGUUCUUAUAUGUUUAGGGAGUACUGUGUAAAUGUCACUUCGGGUGCUUUGAAGCUCAACUUCAUUCCUUCAAACAAUUCAGUUGCUUUUGUCAAUGCAAUUGAAGUUGUAUCAUUGCCAGAAAAAAUGCUUUUUGACCAGGCUCAGUCUGUGUCUCCCGUUGGCCCUUUCAACGGCCUUUCUCAACAUGCAUUGGAAACUGUUUAUCGUUUGAACAUGGGUGGUCCCCUGAUUACUCCUCAAAAUGAUACUCUGGGGAGAACUUGGGAGAAUGAUGUCAAGUAUAUACAUAUUAACAGCUCUGCGGCAAAUGUUUCUGUAAGCCCCGGAAGUGUCAUGUACCGAGGAGGCGUCACCCCUGAAAUAGCCCCGAAUUUUGUUUAUGCUACAGCUGAAAGCAUGGUUGAUGCCAAUGUGCCUGAUGAUAACUUCAACAUCACUUGGGUUUUCAAAGUUGAUCCAGAUUACCUGUACUUCAUCCGGUUCCAUUUCUGUGAUAUACUCAGCAAGGCUAUGAACACUCUCGUGUUCAAUGUUUACAUAAAUAUGGAUCUCGCAGCUGGGAGCUUGGAUUUGUCUAGCCAAGCUGGGGACUUGGAUGUUCCAUAUUACAGGGAUUUUGUAUCCAACUCUUCGGAUGAUUCAGACACAUUGACAGUGAGUAUUGGUCCAGACCCCAGUUCUGAUUCUUCGAAUGCAAUCAUCAAUGGUUUGGAAAUCAUGAAGAUUAGCAAUGCAGUAGGUAGCUUGGAUGGGGAAUCACCAGUUCACACGCUCCUUGUUUUGCCUAAAAAAAAGAGCAAAACAGGAAUAGUUGUUGGAACUGUUGUUGGAGCGGUUGCUGCAUUGGUAAUCAUAGGAUUUUGCUAUUGUUGCUUGUUAGCCCGCAGGUCAAAGGCAACUCACCAGGCUCAUCCCUGGCUUCCUCUACCUCUUUAUGGAAACUCUUUGACUGUAACAAAAAUGUCUACCACCUCUCAAAAAAGUGGAACAGCAAGCUGCAUUUCCCUUGCUUCUUCCAAUGGUCGGUUCUUCAGUUUCCAAGAGAUAAUGGAUGCAACAAAUAAAUUUGAUGAAAGCUCACUUCUUGGUGUAGGUGGAUUUGGAAGAGUCUACAAGGGAACACUGGAUGAUGGAACUAAAGUGGCUGUCAAAAGAGGAAAUCCAAGAUCUGAGCAAGGUCUUGCGGAAUUUAGGACUGAGAUUGAGAUGUUAUCCAAGCUUCGCCACCGCCAUCUUGUGUCUCUCAUCGGCUAUUGUGAUGAAAGGUCUGAAAUGAUACUGGUAUAUGAAUUCAUGGCAAAUGGCCCCCUUAGAAGCCAUCUUUAUGGAGCAGAUCUCCCGCCUCUAUCAUGGAAGCAACGUCUUGAGAUUUGUAUCGGAGCUGCUAGGGGACUUCACUAUCUGCACACUGGUGCAGCUCAAAGCAUUAUCCACCGUGAUGUGAAAACGACCAACAUACUCUUGGAUGAGAGCUAUGUAGCAAAAGUUGCCGAUUUUGGUCUAUCUAAAACAGGGCCUGCUCUUGAUCAGACACAUGUUAGUACUGCUGUAAAAGGUAGCUUUGGAUAUCUUGAUCCUGAAUAUUUUAGGAGGCAGCAGCUUACAGAGAAGUCAGAUGUCUAUUCAUUUGGUGUCGUUCUUAUGGAAGUGCUCUGCACCAGGCCAGCUCUGAAUCCUGUUCUUCCAAGGGAUCAAGUGAACAUUGCAGAAUGGGCAAUGACUUGGCAAAAGAAAGGCAUGUUAGACCAAAUUAUGGACAAAAAUCUUGUUGGAAAGGUUAAUCCAGCUUCUCUAAAGAAAUAUGGGGAGACAGCCGAAAAAUGCCUGGCUGAGUAUGGGGUUGAUAGGCCAUCAAUGGGCGAUGUACUGUGGAAUCUGGAAUAUGCUCUCCAGCUUGAGGAGACCUCUUCAGCUCUCUUAGAGCCUGAAGAUAAUAGCACAAACCAUAUUACUGACAUUCCUUUGACGUCGCUUGAGCAAUUUGACAAUAGUACGAGUAUGAUUGGAGGCGGAACAGAUGAUGAUGCGGAUGAUGCCGCCACAAGUGCUGUUUUCUCUCAGCUAGUGAACCCACGAGGAAGGUGA